AUGCCUGGCGUGGUAGACUCCGAGCCCUGGCUGCAGCUGGAGCUCAAACGGAUCUGCGCCAAUGUCCUGCAGCUGGACAUCAAAGACGUCGACCCCAAGCGAUCUUUUCUGUCUCUUGGUGGUGACUCCCUCCUGGCCAUCAAGAUCCUUGCGCAAUGUCGCGCCCAGGGCAUCACCAUCAACAUCGCCGAUAUCAUGGCGGCGACGACCCUGGAGUCCCUGUAUGGGAUGGCCCAGGGGCCACCUGAGCUCGCCUCGUCCAGCAGCGACAAGGACAGCUCCAUUGAAGGCUCCGGCACACUUACGCCAACGUCAGAGUCCGGCUCGACUGUGGCAGAGAUGAUCUCGCCUGACAUUGAGGCUAAACUGCCUUCCUCUCCCAUCCAAGCCAUUGUUCCCUGUUCGGCCAUCCAGGACAGAAUCCUCGUCAGCCAGCUGCAGAAUCCACAUCUCUACUCCUGCUGCUUUGUUCUCAGGUUCACACACUCCCAUUCUGGACUCCCCGUCGACGCCAGACGACUCGGUCAGGCUUGGGGUGAAGUCGUCAAGCGCCACUCCAGUCUGCGCACGGCUCUGGUCGAGAGCACACAGCGACCGGGCCAUUACAAUCAGGUCAUUCUCUCCGAGAUUGCUCCGUCUAUCGACUACUACAAGGGCUCAGAGCAUCUGUCCUCGGCCGAAUUCAACGUCAACAACCCAAUCGUCUUUCAACCGCACUCGAUCCCACACCACAUGCAGCUCGUCCAGGUUUCUCCGUCCGAAGUCUACCUGAAGCUGGACAUCUCGCACGUCCUCGUCGACGGACAAUCCGCCGAAGUCCUGCUCAAGGAUCUCAGCGACGCAUACCGCAAUGGCGGGCUCGGCCCUGCCCCGCUCUCCUACGCCGACUAUGUCUCCUCCUACCUCAACGAUCCAUCCCAGGUAGUCCAAACGGAAAGCACGAGCGAGAUCACACCGCUGACUGUCCCAAUGGACCGGCCAAACGAAGGCCUCUCCGACUUCCAAACUGUCAGCGCGAAAAUUCCGCUCGAUUCCCAGCUCGUCCAGGCCGUCUGCUCCAAGUACUCUGUGACCCUUGCGACCGUGUGCCAGCUCGCCUGGGGACUUGUGCUGCGAUGUUACGGCGGCGCGGAUAACGUGUGCUUCUCGUACGUCAACUCCGGGCGCUCCAUGUCUGUCCCUGGGGUGCAUGAUGUUAUCGGGCCGAUCGUGCAGACAUCCAUGUGUGCUAUCACCCUGCCUGCAGCGGGUGAGCUGUCCACUAUUCUGCGUGAAAUUCACAAGGACGCAGUAAAGGCAAUGUCCCAACUAUCGCCUCUCGAAUCGAACACCACGUCCAAGUCCGCCCGGCAGCUCAGCAACACGACCAUGUCGUUCCAGCGUGCCUUGGAUGAUAGCGCCGUGCAGAGGGCCGGUUUGGCUGUGAGGAUCGAGGGCAAGGCGAACCCGACCGACUACGACAUCUCACUCGGCAUCGCCGCAGGCCGCGACGGCCUCUCCAUUGACCUGGACUUCUGGAGCUCAAGACUGGAUGAGGACAGCGCACGAACUAUCCUCGGCGCAUUCGAGGCCGCCAUCAGAGGAAUCAUCAGUACGCCCGACACCACCGUCUCGGAUAUCAGUCUCCUCUCCUCGAGUGACGUCGGGCAGCUGGCGCAGUGGAACUCCACCAUCCCGAAGCCCCAGCGCGUCUGCGUGCACGACAAGAUCAUUGAGAUUGCGAAGCUGCAGCCAGAUGCUGUUGCCGUGAACUCAUGGGAUGGAGACCUGACGUACCAUGAGCUUACCGCUCAGGCUUUGACACUGGCUCAUCACCUGCGAAAUGAAUUUGGAGUAGGACCCGAGAAGUUCGUCGGCAUCUGCAUGGACAAGUCGAAGUGGGCGAUUGUUUCGAUGCUCGCUAUUCUUAUGGCCGGUGGCAUUGUCGUUCCGCUGGGCGUUACGCAUCCCAGGGCCCGUGUCAGGGGUCUUCUCACCGACACUGCUGCUGUUGCUCUGCUUGUUGACGCGAAACACGCAGACCGACUCGCAGACCUGGACCUCGAGAAUACAUCGACACUCCUGGUGGAUGAGCGGCUUUUAUCCUCUCUCCCCAGCAUCCCCGAGCCACCAGUAUCAGGAGUAACGCCUGACAACGCUGCCUGGGUCAUUUACACGUCUGGCUCAACGGGAGUCCCGAAAGGAGUCGUCUUGCUGCACCAGAAUAUCUCGACCAGUGUCCUUGCUCAUGGAGGGAUGUUCGGCGUCAACUGUACCACGCGGACAGCCCAGUUCGCUGCGUACACGUUCGACGUCAGUCUAUCUGAUAUUGUCAUGACGCUGUUCCAUGGCGGCUGCGUGUGCGUCUUCUCUGAAGAAAGCCGCAUGAACAAUCUCACCGAAGCCCUGCAGGCUCUGGCUGUUAACUACGUCAACCUAACGCCCACCGUGCUCGGUCUCUUGAGCCCAGCAGACCUGCCGAACAUCCGCACCGUCGUUGCAGGCGGAGAAGCGAUGGACCCCGGCAUCGUCGCGAAAUGGUCGCCCCACGCGCAAGUCUUCAACUCGGUCGGACCGUCUGAGACAACGAUCAUUGCGGUCGCUGCUGGUCCUGUCACGGAUCCAACCCAGGCAGCCAACGUCGGAUAUCCCACCAGCACUCGUCUCUGGGUGACGCUGCCCACGGAUCCAAACCAGCUCUGUCCGGUCGGUGUCCCCGGCGAACUCCUAAUCGAAGGCCCCAUGCUCUCGCGCGGCUACCUGAACGACCCAGAAAAGACAGCAGGCGCAUUCAUCACCAACCCAGCCUUCAUCAAGCACCUGGAGGCCGCGGACCCCGCGUGGAGGGUGCAGUUCCAGAACGCCGAGCGGCGGAUGUACCGCUCCGGCGAUCUGGUUCGACAGAAGAAGGAUGGGUCGUUGGUGCACAUGGGACGACGAGACACGCAGGUGAAAAUCCGUGGACAGCGCGUGGAGAUCGGCGAGAUCGAGUACUGGGUCAUGCAGCGGCUCAAGGACGUUCGGCGGGUUGCGGUCAUCGUCGUCGAGCGGGGGCAGGGCAGGGAGCAGAAGGCGCUCGUUGCGGCUGUUGAGUUCAACGAGGACACCGAGUUCUUCAACGCCAAUACUGCUUCUGCCAACAGGUCUGAUGAUAUGCCGCACUUGCUCCCACUGACUGAACCCUUGUCCGCGGCUUUGCACCAGUUGCGCAAUGACCUGAUGGACCAUCUCCCUCCGUAUAUGUCUCCAUCCAUGUACGCUCCAGUCUCCCAACUGCCCCUGAAUCUGUCCGGCAAGAUCGAUAGACGAGCCGUGACGCAGUUCAUCAACGACCAAGACGACGCCCAGCUACAGCAGUGCCUCGCCGUCCGUGGCUCACACAAAGAGCCGUCCACAGAGACGGAGCACAAGCUGCAGACGCUGUGGGCGAAGACGCUCGGUGUGGACAUCUCACAAGUCAGUGCGGACAGCCACUUCUUCCACAUCGGCGGUGACUCUGUAGCCGCCAUGCGCGUCGUCGCUGCAGCACGCGACGUGGAGCUCGUUCUCCGAGUCGCAGAUCUAUUCUCGUAUCCCCGUCUCGAUGACCUUGCGCGGGCGGUUGAGAGCCGAGUGCUCGAUGAAGAUACCGACGAGGAUCCAGCCCCGUUCAGCGUGUGGCGCGAAAGCCGGGGUAUCGCAUCCAGCGAGGAAGAAGACAAGCUGGCUCAAAUUGCGGAGCUGUGCAGCCUGCCAAUCGACCAAGUCGAGGACGUCCUCCCCUGCACGGCCCUCCAGGAAGGCCUCAUUGCCCUGACGGCGCAACAACCAUCGGCCUACGUCGACCGUCAGGUCUUUGCGCUCUCCGAUGAAGUCGAUGUCCCCCGUUUCCGAGGCGCCUGGCAGACGGUCGUCAAUCGCACGGCGACUCUUCGGACGAGGAUCGUGUCCGGCCCUGAGACAGGCUCGCUGCAGGUCGUCGUUGCGCCGGGCGAAGUCUCAUGGAGCGAGUCGUCUUCUCUCGAGGACUACCUGGAGGCCGACAAGGCAAAGGGCAUAGUCAUAGGGCAACCCCUGAACCGAUUCGCGCUGGUGACGCAGCCCGAUGGGCAGCGGUUCUUCGUGUGGACGGCGCACCACAGCACAUACGACGGCUGGAGUCGGGGCGUCGUCCUGCAGCAGGUGGCCGAUGUUUACCUAGGCAAGGAGCUGGCGCCAGUGGCCUCGUUCUCCCGCUUUAUCCGGUACACCCAGUCGCUGCCACAGGAUGCAGCGGCGUCGUACUGGAGGACUCAGCUUGGUGGCGAGACGCGCGCGGACUUCCCUGCGCUGCCGAGUGCAAAUUACAGACCUCGUCCGCAGCAGCGCCAUCAACAUGCUAUCACUUUGGCGAGGGGGACGGGCUCUAGCAACGCUAUGCUGCCGGAUCUCCUCCGCGGUGCCUGGGCGCUCGUUGUGCACCAAUACAUCGGCAAGAUUGACCCCGUCUUCGCCGUUGCGCUAUCUGGACGCAAUGCCCCCGUGCGCAACGUGACGAGUAUCGCUGGACCAACAUUCACGACCGUUCCUGUCCGUAUCUUCAUUAACCCCGAGCAAUCCGUCACCGAGUUCUUGCAGAGCGUCCGGCAACAGGCCAUCGAGAUGAUCCCCCACGAGCACACGGGUCUCCAGCGCAUCCGGAAGCUGGCGCCUGAACUCGCGAAUGCCCUAGACCUCAGACACCUCUUCGUCGUGCAGCCCGCCAACGAAGACGAGCGGAUGUUCAAGAUCCCCGGAGUCGAAGGCCACCUCGUUGCCGUGGACGAGUUCGACAGCUACGGGCUGAACGUGGAGUGCACGCUGUCCGGCGAGAGUGUUGAAGUGGACGUCCGGUUCGACGAGAAGAUGCUCUCGUCUGUUCAGAUAAAGCGCCUGGUCAGUCAGUUCGAGUCCGUGGCGCAGCAGUUGCAUGCCCAGGGCAGUAUCAAGAUCAGGGACAUUGAUUUCCUAGGCGCGGAGGAUGUCGAGCAGAUCCAGCGGUGGAAUGCUGAGCCCCUGACGCAGCCGAUCGAGGUCUGUCUGCAUGAGCUGCUCGCUGAUGUUGGUCGGGCGCGGCCUGAUGCGGUGGCCGUCGAAGCGUGGGAUGGCUCCUUGACGCAUGCGCAGAUGCAGGAGUAUGCUUCGGCACUCGCCAGCCAUCUGGUUAGCCUUGGAGUUGGGCCCGAGGUGUGUGUCCCCGUGUGUCUGGACAAGUCUGUCUGGGCUGUUGUCUGCUUCUUGGGCGUUCUCAAAGCAGGUGGCGUGGUUGUCCCCCUUGGAGUCGGGCAUCCUGUUGGUCGCAUUGCAGGCAUCGUCGAGGAUACGAAGGCCAAGGUCAUUCUGGUCGAUGCUCUUCAGGCUCUGAGGUUGUCAGACCUCACCUCACAGGGCCUCACUCUCCUCACCGUGGAUGCUCACCUCCUCAACGCCCUCCCCCCAGCUACACACCACACAGCCGUCACACCCAGCAACGCCGCCUGGAUCGUCUUCACCAGCGGCAGCACCGGUAAACCCAAAGGCGUCGUCCUCACCCACACCAAUCUAUCGACCGUCGUCGUAACCCACGGCGCCCGCUUCGGACUCGGUCCUCACACGCGCACCAUCCAGUUCGCAGCCCAUACCUUCGACGCCCUGCUACAGGACUACUUCACGACACUAGUCAACGGAGGAACAGUAUGCGUUCCGUCCGAGGGCGACAAAAUGAGCAACCUCGCGGGCGUGAUGCGCUCCAUGAACAUCAACUUCGCGAACCUCACAUCAACAGUCGCACGCCUUCUUACACCGCAGCUCGUCCCGAGCCUCAAGCUCAUCGUGCUAGCAGGCGAGCAGAUCCAAGACACCGUCGUGGAAACAUGGUACAAGCACGCCGCGGUCCUAAACUCCUACGGCCCCAGCGAAUGCAGCAUCAACUCAACCUGCAACGGCCCGAUCACCGACAUCAGCGACGCCCAAAGCGUCGGGCACGGCAUGGGCGCCCGCCUCUGGAUCGCCGACCCAACGAACCACCACCGUCUCAGCCCCGUCGGGAUCCCCGGCGAGAUCCUCAUCCAGGGGCCCGGCAUGGCGCGCGGGUACCUGAACGACGCGGCGAAAACGGAGAGCGCCUUCAUCCGCAACCCGGGCUUUGCGGCGCGCUUCGGGCUCGCGGGGUCGGAUUGCCGGGUGUAUGCGACAGGCGACCUGGGCCUGCAGACGGAGGACGGAAAGGUGACGUAUCUGGGGCGGAUCGACACGCAGAUCAAGAUCCGGGGGCAGCGCGUGGAGGUGGGCGAGAUCGAGCACUGGAUUGGACAUUCUUUGGGCCAAGGCCAUGUCAAGCACGCGGCCGUUGUCCCGGUGUCGCGCGGGGAUAAGCAGCUCCGUCUUGCGGCUGUGAUUGAGUUCCACGGCGAGACACGGGAGCCUGAUACCCCGACGUUCGCAAACCUCAAGAAGACGCUCUCCUCGCAGCUCCCGCCGUACAUGGUUCCGGGCCUCUACAUCCCCGUGUCUCAAGUCCCACUGACAAUCUCCGGCAAACUCGACAGACGGGUUCUCAAGCAGAUGGUCGAGUCGAUGUCCGACGCAGAACUAGACGGGUACACGGCCGGGUCAAUCCGUCGGUAUAUCCCGCCUUCAACGCCGAUGGAGAAAGCCCUGCAGCGACUCUGGGCGAAUGCGCUGGGCAUGCAGCCCGACGCCGUCGGCGCGGACGACGACUUCUUCCAGCUGGGCGGUGACUCGGUCGUUGCGAUGCACGUGGCUGCUGCGGGUCGGGCGGACCAGAGCAUCGGGGGUCUGGGGCUGGCGGUGGGUGAGAUCUUCAUGUAUCCGCGGUUAUCGGACCUGGCGGCGUUUUUGGAGGGGAGGGAUGAUGGUGGGAUGGAGGGAGAGGGAGAGGGAGAGGGUGCGGGGGUGGGAGAUGACAGUGAGAGCCCGUUUGCGUUGCUGCAGGAGGCGUUGGAUUUGGAUUUGGAGUUGGAAGAGCUUGUAUAG